AUUUGCGUUUAAUAGCGGGUUAAUGAAAUAAACAUGAGCCCUAAAAUGGACGCCCGAAACACAAAUACAUGCAAAACAGCAUUGUGGCGUUAAUAAUGAAACAUUUCACUGCUUCUUUGCAAACUUUAAUAUAGAAGAUGUCCCGAGUGUACGAGGAAUUCGACCCAGCUUUCGCCUCAGUAUGCAGCGAUGUAACAGUGUACUCCAAUAACAAAGGAUUCUUCAAGAAUUUAGCUGAAGAAAUAGUUUCAUUGGCAGAAGUCGACGGUUGGUUGCAAAGCUUUGAAAAUAUCGAAGAUGAUAAAAAGGUUACAGCGGUUAUGGAAAAUAAUACAGUAAUGAGCGCCUUGAAUGAAGUUCUACAGAGAAUUCAGCCGUUGUUCCGUGGAAAGGAUGUUAGGAUAUCAUACGAAAGACGGUUGGCUGCACAGUCUUGUUUAAAAGAAGGGGAUCUAACAAAGAGCUUAGCUUUGGCCAGCCAAGCGGUGCUACGGGCUCCUAUGACAGGAGCUGAGGAAAUCAUUGACGGUGGAGUGUCUCUAGCGCUCGCCCUCUGGCUUCGCUCGGAAAUACUUUUACGCUCCGAUCGUCCAACAGCCGCCUUAGAAGAUUUAAAAUUAGCUUUGAAAGAAAGAUUACCCGCCCGUAUGAGAUCCGAGUAUUAUUGGAGGAUGGGACACUGUUAUAAAGGAGCUGGUGAACCGACUCGAGCCAAAGUCUCCUAUGAAUUAGCUGGAAGGCUCCUUGGCAACAAUGAAGACGCCAAAGCACAGCUCGCUAAGGAUAUAGAGUCUCUUGAUUAUACAUCUAAGCCUAAACAUCCUCCGGACAAGCCAGAUGUGCGGGUGACUGGGGGCGCAAAACAAAAUUUACCCGCUCUUUCAAAGAUGUUAAAGAUUGUUGAAGAAAAAGACAAGGGGCGAUUUGCUGUAGCCGAUGAUGACAUAAGUGUUGGAGACAUCCUGUUGGUAGACAAACCUUAUGCAGCAUGUCUGCUCUCAGAAUAUUAUGGAACCCACUGUCUCCAUUGUUUCAAGAGGCUGGAAUAUUGUGACGAAGAGGCUCCAGUGUGGUGUCCAAAUUGUUCAGGUGUUGCGUUUUGUACGACAAAAUGUCGAGACACCGCUGUGUCUACUUAUCAUUCAUAUGAGUGUCAGUUUAGUGACCUUUUUAUAGGAUCAGGAAUGUCCAUACUUAGUCAUAUUGCGCUUCGUAUGGUAACACAAGCUGGUCUGGAUACAAGUCAACAAAUCCAUGCUAAGUAUUUAGGCAACGAACUGAAAACUGUUGAGAGCUCUACAUUAAAUGAUAUAGAGGGAGUUACAAAGAAAAACAAAUUGAAAAGCAGAAAAGAAAGACUGAACCGAACAAAGAAAGGAUUAAAGGGCUUUGAAGAUAGAAAUUCAAAUGACGAAGAAAUAGAAACGAAAAUUGAGGACAAGACGACUUACCUCGAAAAGUUGGAAUUGACAGCUGCACAAAUUUAUUCACUUUGCUCGCAUUCACAGCAGAGAAAAGGAGCAGAUUAUUUAAAGAGAAUUAUAAUGGGAAUGUUCCUUACAGAGUGUUUAAAAAGAAGUGGAUAUUUUAAAAACUGCAGCAAAGAUAACAUGCCAAAAGCUGAAAAAAAUAUCUGCGAGUUGCUCGUUCGUAAUUUGCAAAUGUUGCAAUUUAACGCCCACGAGAUCUAUGAAACUGUCCGCGGCGAUCAUCAGUUCAGCGGCUCGAAGCCAAUUUACGUUGCAGUGGGUAUAUAUCCCACUGGAGCACUAUUUAAUCAUGAAUGCUAUCCCGCAGUGGCACGGUACUUUGAUCGGCAAAAUAUAAUACUGCGCGCGAUACGACCCCUGCGACCCGGAGAGAUAGUGUCUGAAAAUUAUGGUCCCCAUUUUCUAAUGCGGGGGCUCAAAGAGCGGCAGCGGAUGUUGGCCUGUAGAUAUUGGUUCCGCUGCGAAUGUAUCGCAUGCAAGGAAAAUUGGCCUACCCUCAAACAAAUGGAUGCUACAUCAAACCUAUAUUUAAGGUGCCCGAAUGCUAACUGCGUGGGAAAAUUUAGAUCGGGCAAAAAUAUGCCCAAUAGAUGCGCAAAAUGUUCUGUUACAAUUGAUAAAGAGUUGUUCAAAAUGUAUAUGGACGAUGUCAACAAAUGUCUAUCUCAAUACCAGGAAGGGGCAAAGCAAAUGGACCUUGAAUUUCCGAAAGAAGCCAUUCAAACAUUAUCAGAUGCUGUAAACAACUUCUAUAAAGUAGCACGACCACCUCACCGUGAGACACACAUUGCACAGGAAUCACUUAGAUCAUGUUAUGCAACAGAAGGAAAUGUAUACAUUGUGAAAUCUGAACCUAAAGAAAAAUAGUCUAACAAAAAAAGACUGUUAUGUUGCAACGGGGACAUGUAUGCGGCUCUUAGAAGUUGUAAGUAAUAAAAGGAACUGUUAAAGGCGUUCUGAGCGUAUGGUCCAUGAAACCCUGUACUGGACAUGGCUGGUAUUGACAAAUUUUCACAUUUCCUGUGCGUAAAUGUGUUGUUUAGUCUGGAGUAUUUUAGUAUGGGGAGGUCAAAUCGCAAAGUUUUUCCGUUUCUUGUCUGGCAAAGUUCGCUCCUGUAAAUGCACGCCGUGUCUUCCAUGCGCUGCUAUGUAACGUGCUUCACACAGUUUCUUGUAUCACGUAUACCUAAAUACUUACUGUACACAAGCGAGCGCGCAUUUAAUGAGUUAUAUGAUGAUUUGCCAUGCUAUUUACCUCACGCCUUCUGGUUUCAGCAUAACAAUCUGGUUUCAAGUUGGUCAAAUGAAGAUUUGGUCGAUUAGCAAAAAACUUUAGUCACCUUUUAUCAAACACAAGUUAUAAAUUAAUCAAAUCAUCAUAUUGGCAACGAAUGUUCGCCAAUUUUUAAUAUCACCAAUGUUUCUAAUAUAAAGAAACACCUUUCCUAUUGUUGUUUUUUGUUAACUCUACGUUUCGAUUUUACGAAAUAAAAAUAAAUAAU